AUGAGCAAGUUCGAAUAUUCAAGCGCACCGCUAAGAACAGUGCAGGAAAUCCAGUUUGGGCUCUUGUCGCCAGAAGAAAUUAGGGCAAUCUCGGUGGCCAAAGUGGAGUACCCCGAGAUUAUGGACCCGGUGACGAUGAAGCCACGGAUGGGGGGCUUGAACGACCCGCGGCUGGGGUCGAUCGACCGCAACUUCAAGUGCCAGACGUGUGGCGAGGACAUGAAGGAGUGCCCGGGCCACUUCGGGCACAUCGAGUUGGCAAAGCCGGUGUUCCACAUCGGGUUCAUGCCGAAGAUCAAGAAGCUGUGCGAGUGCGUGUGCAUGAACUGUGGUAAGCUGCUAUUGGACGAGCACACGAAUCCGCACUUUGCCGCGGCGAUCAAGAUAAGGGACCCGAAGAAGCGGUUCCAGGCGGUGUGGAACUUGUGCAAGACGAAGAUGGUGUGUGAGGUGGAUCCGGGGGAGGAUGAGGAAAGUGACCAAAUGGCCAAAGGCUCCUCCCACUUCCACCGGGGCGGCUGCGGCAGCAUCCAGCCCACCAUCCGCAAGGACGGGUUGAAGCUGUGGGGCACGUGGCGGCGGACGAGCGUUGACGACGACACGGAACAGAUCGAGAGGCGGCAGGUGCACGCGGAGGAGGUGUUAGAUGUGUUCCGGCACAUCUCGGCCGCGGACUGCGAGAAGCUCGGGUUCAGCAACGAGUGGGCCCGGCCCGAGUGGAUGAUCUUGACGGUGUUGCCCGUCCCGCCUCCUCCCGUGAGGCCGUCGGUCGCGUUUACCGACUCGAAGCGGUCCGAGGACGACUUGACGUACAAGUUGGCGGACAUCCUGAAGGCCAACAUCAACGUGCAGAAGUUCCAGAUGGACGGGUCGCCACAGCACGUGAUCAACGAGUUCGAGGCGCUCUUGCAGUACCAUGUGGCGACAUACAUGGACAACGACAUCGCCGGGCAGCCCCAGGCGUUGCAGAAAAGCGGCCGGCCGAUCAAGUCGAUCCGGGCGCGGCUCAGGGGCAAGGAGGGCCGGCUCAGGGGCAACUUGAUGGGCAAGCGGGUGGACUUCUCGGCGCGGUCGGUGAUCUCCGGUGACCCGAACAUCGAGUUGGACCAGGUGGGCGUGCCGCGCACAGUGGCACAAACCCUGACGUACCCGGAGGUGGUGACGCCGUACAACAUCGGGCAGUUGACGCAGCUGGUGCGGAACGGGCCGAACCAGUACCCGGGGGCCCGGUACGUGAUCCGGGACUCGGGCGAACGUAUCGACCUCCGGUUCAACAAGCGGGCAGGCGACAUCCAGUUGCAGUACGGCUGGAAAGUCGAGCGGCACUUGAUGGACGGCGACCCGGUGCUCUUCAACCGGCAGCCCUCGCUCCACAAGAUGUCCAUGAUGUGCCACAAGGUCCGCGUGAUGCCGUUCUCGACGUUCCGGAUCAACUUGUCCGUCACCACUCCUUACAACGCUGAUUUCGACGGUGACGAGAUGAACAUGCACGUGCCACAGUCGUACGAGACGAAGGCGGAACUCGAGGAGAUCUGUGCCGUGCCCCGGCAGAUCGUGUCGCCGCAGUCCAACAAGCCGGUCAUGGGCAUCGUGCAGGACACUUUGGUGGGAGUUCGCAAGAUGACGCUCCGUGACAGCUUUGUGGCCUACGACCAGCUCAUGAACAUGUGCUUCUGGAACCCGGGCUGGGACGGCGUGGUUCCGCAGCCGGCCGUGCUCAAACCGCGGCCGUUAUGGACGGGUAAGCAGGUGUUCUCGCUCACGAUUCCGCGGGGCAUCUUCCUGCAGCGGGUGGACGGACCGCCGCUUUCUCCGCGGGAUUCCGGCAUGCUCAUCCGCAACGGCGACGUGAUGUUCGGUGUGGUCAACAAGGCCACCGUGGGCACGUCCUCGGGCGGGUUGAUCCACACAUGCAUGCGUGAAAAGGGCCCCCGGGAGUGUGCCCGGAUGAUCGGCAGCAUCCAGAAGGUGUGCAACUACUGGCUCCUCCACAACGGAUUCUCGAUCGGUAUCGGGGACGCAAUCGCCGACCCGGACACGAUGAAGACCAUCACGAAGACCAUCGCCACGGCCAAGGACCAGGUGCAAGGUGUGAUUGCCGACGCACAGGCCAACCGGCUGCAGCCGGAGCCCGGCAUGACGGUGCGUGAGUCGUUCGAGCAGAAGGUGUCGAAGAUUUUGAACGAGGCCCGAGAUGCCGCCGGUAAGUCCGCCGAGACCUCGUUGAAGGACUCCAACAACGUCAAGCAGAUGGUCACUGCGGGAUCCAAGGGCUCCUACAUCAACAUCUCGCAGAUGUCGGCAUGUGUGGGCCAGCAGAUCGUCGAGGGCCGUCGAAUCUACUUCGGCUUCGCGGACCGGUCCUUGCCCCACUUCACCAAGGACGACUACUCCGCCGAGUCCAAGGGCUUCGUGGAGAACUCGUACUUGCGGGGUUUAACGCCACAGGAGUUGUUUUUCCACGCCAUGGCCGGCCGUGAAGGGUUGAUUGACACCGCUGUCAAGACCGCAGAGACCGGCUACAUCCAGCGGAGGUUGGUCAAGGCCUUGGAGGACAUCAUGGUGCAGUACGACGGCACCACGCGCAACUCCUUGGGCGAUGUCAUCCAGUUCCUGUACGGCGAGGACGGGCUGGACGCCACGCAGGUCGAGAAGCAGACCAUCGACACGAUCGGGGGGUCGACGGCUGCGUUCGAACGGCGGUACCUGGACAACUCAGAGGUGGAUGACGCCGUCCAGAGGGCCCGCGAUGCCGAAUACAGCCAGCUCUGCGCGGACCGCGCGUUCCUCCGGAAAGUCGUCUUCCCGACGGGUGACGACGCCUGGCCGUUGCCCGUCAACAUCCGCCGGAUCGUCCAGAACGCCCAGCAGAUCUUCCACGUGGACCGUGCGCGCUCCAGCGACCUCACGGUGCCGGAAGUCGUGCGACGGGUCGCGGUGCUAUGUCACGACAAGCUGCCUGUUGUGCGUGGCUCCGGUGGCUGCCUCGACCAGGCCCAGCAGAACGCCACCUACCUCUUCCAGUGCCUCGUUCGGUCGCGACUCGCCUCCAAGCGUGUGCUGCACGAGUUCCGGCUCAACCGUGACGCGUUCGACUGGGUGCUUGGCAUGGUCGAGCAGCAGUUUGCCAAGUCCUUGGUCAACCCGGGCGAGAUGGUCGGUGUGAUUGCCGCCCAGUCGAUCGGCGAGCCCGCCACGCAGAUGACCUUGAACACGUUCCACUAUGCCGGUGUGUCAUCCAAGAACGUGACCCUCGGAGUGCCCCGGUUGAAGGAGAUUUUGAACGUGGCAAAGAACAUCAAGACACCUGCCUUGACGGUGUACUUGGACGAACACGUGGCCUUUGACAUCGAGCGCGCGAAGUCCAUCCAGUCGGCCAUCGAGCACACGACGCUGAAGAACGUGACGGCAGUCACGGAGAUCUACUACGACCCAGACCCCAAGUCGACGGUCAUCGACGCCGAUAUCGACACCGUCGAGGCGUACUUCGCGAUCCCGGACGAAAAGGUCGAGGAGAACUUGCACCGGCAGUCGCCCUGGCUGCUCCGGCUGCAGCUGGACCGUGCCAAGAUGCUCGACAAGCAGCUCACCAUGAGCCAGGUGGCCGGCCGCAUCACCGACAGCUUCGGCGACGACUUGUUCGUCAUCUGGUCCGAGGACAACGCCGAGAACUUGGUCAUCCGGUGCCGGAUCAUGCGUGAGGACAAGCCUGCCGAUGCAGACGCCGCCGAUGCGGAUGCAGAGGACACCGAGGACGGCCUUUUGAAGGCCUUGGAGUCGCAGAUGCUCGAGUCCAUCACGCUCGGCGGCAUUACGGGCAUCUCGCGGGUCUUCAUGAUGAAGUACGACAAGACUUACAUCGACUCCUCGGGCGACUUCGCGAAGAAGAAGGAGUGGGUCUUGGAGACCGACGGAAUCAAUCUGUCCGACGUCAUUGCCGUCGACGGGGUCGACCCGACGAGGACCUACUCUAACUCAUUCGUCGAGAUCUUGUCCGUGCUCGGUAUCGAGGCUGCUCGCCGCGCCUUGUACAAGGAGAUCCUCAACGUCAUUGCUUUCGACGGUUCCUACGUCAACUACCGCCACUUGGCCUUGUUGGUUGACUUGAUGACCUACAAGGGCCACUUGAUUGCCAUCUCCCGGCACGGUUUCAACCGAAACGAGACGGGUGCGCUCAUGAGAUGCACCUUUGAGGAGACUGUCGAGAUUCUUUUCGAGGCCGGUGCCUCAGCCGAGCUCGAUACAUGCGAUGGUGUCUCUCAGAACGUCAUCUUGGGCCAGAUGGCGCCUGUUGGAACCGGCUCUUUCCAGCUUUACCUCGAUCAGGACAAGUUGGCCACCUUGCCGUCCGACAUAUCCUCUGCCCAGCUUCCUGCCAGUGCUGAGGAUGGCGUUCAGGGUGAAGUCCAGGCAGAAGUUGCUGGUUCCGCCACUCCUUACCAGCCGGAAGAGUUCACAGACGACUUUGUCCACGUCGACAACACCGACAAGGUUGCUUUCUCGCCUAUGAUCACCUCCAGUGCCAGCGACGACAAGAGCGGUGGAUUCACCGAGUAUGGAAUGUCCCCUGGGUAUUCUGCGACCUCGCCAACGUAUUCUGCGACCUCGCCUACGUAUUCGCCUACAUCUCCAUCAUAUUCGCCAACUUCACCUUCAUACUCUCCAACUUCACCUUCAUACUCUCCUACAUCUCCAUCAUAUUCGCCAACUUCACCUUCAUACUCUCCUACAUCUCCAUCUUAUUCACCUACGUCUCCAUCUUAUUCACCUACUUCACCUUCUUAUUCACCAACUUCACCUUCUUAUUCACCAACUUCACCUUCAUACUCGCCAACAUCUCCAUCUUACUCACCUACAUCUCCAUCUUACUCACCUACAUCCCCAUCUUACUCACCUACAUCCCCAUCUUACUCACCUACAUCCCCAUCUUACUCACCUACAUCCCCAUCUUACUCUCCAACAUCUCCAUCCUAUUCACCAACAUCUCCAUCUUAUUCACCAACAUCUCCAUCCUAUUCACCAACUUCCCCUUCUUACUCCCCAACUUCACCUUCCUACUCUCCAACUUCACCUCAAUAUUCACCAACCUCACCUCAAUACUCCCCUACAUCUCCCCAAUACUCUCCAACUUCUCCCCAAUACUCCCCAACUUCUCCCCAAUACUCCCCAACUUCACCCCAAUACUCCCCUACUUCACCCCAAUACUCCCCUACUUCUCCUCAGUACUCUCCAACUUCUCCUCAAUACAGCCCAGGUGACGCUGCAAAGGAUAAGUCCGAGAAAAAGUGA